CACGAUCCGUCCUACCGACCGCGGCGCCUGGCAACAGAAAAAGACGUGAUGACGUCCUCCCCAGAUUGCGUAUUAUGGGAUGUGCGGAAUUAAACAACCCGAAGAGGACGAGGGGAAGCCAAAAAUAAUAAAAAACACAGAAAUAAACGAGGUGCAUGGUGAACCAUGGAGCUCUCGGCUGUCGGUGAGAGCGUCUUCGCAGCCGAGUCCAUCAUUAAACGGCGAAUCAGACGGGGUCGUUGGGAAUAUCUCGUGAAAUGGAAGGGCUGGUCUCAGAAGUACAGCACUUGGGAGCCGGAGGAAAACAUUCUGGAUGCACGUCUCUUCUCUGCCUUCGAAGAGAGCCACAUUCGCCCACCAGAGUCGGAGAGAAGGCCCAGAACAACUCCAGCAGCUGCUCUGACGGUCCAAGAGUCCCAGCAGUUCCCCAAAAAGAGAGGACGCAAACCCAAAAUGCACAUGCAUUAUGAUAAAGACGACGGCAGCAGCUCAGCAGAGCCGGACGCCAAACGUAGCAAGUUCACGAAGGAGCCCACGUCUCACCACAGCCGACACCCGCAUCAUCACGGGGAGACGUCAGAUCACUGCCUCAUGCAGCUGACCAAGAGGUUUCAGGAGGAAACCACGAUAACACCCAAAUCCCACAGCGAGCAGAGACAUUUGGGGGGCGCGGGCUUCUCUUACCCGUGCGCAUUAGCUUCGGAUUUGCGCAAAAGCGAGCGGGGGAGGCACAGGAUUCACUGUUUGAGCAUGAAGCGGCCUGCAGCGAACGAGAACUCUCUGCCCCGGGAACAAGCUUCACCUUCACACACCGAUUCCACCCACGAAUCCUCCGAGCACCCAGCCUCAUCCUGGACCCCCUGUUUCGCUCACCUGGACACUGUGACCGUAACCGAUGUCACCUUGAACUUCCUGACAGUCACCGUCAGAGAGAGCAGCACGGACAAAGGCUUCUUCAAAGAUAAAAGAUGAGUAUUUCAUGUAGUUCAGAGGAGGCUAAACCUGCCAAGGAUGUAAUUGUGUAACAAGCUACUAACAAACAGGCCUACUGUAAUACUAUAUUUUUUCUAUGUAACUUUCAAACGUGUACAUACCGAUAUUUAAUACGCUGCUGAUGAAAUUAAAAUCAAACUGAAGUUUAAGGAG